GGUUAUCCAGUUACUUAUUUUGGGUAAUAAUAAGGGCCCCUUCCAAUAUCUUUUCAUGUUCCCCAAUACAUUUGAGUGCUUAUCCUUAGUAAUAAUAUCUAAGUCUUUUCCCACUCCGGUUUUCCUAUCAUCAAAACAAAUCCCUCGACUGCUAGUGCUCAGCGUCAAUAUUCUCCAAUUUACAUACCUCUCCUACUUCUUGAGCUCGAGCUGCUCUCUCUUGCUGUAUACAAUAUGGCAUCGCUUGGAGAGGAUUUAUUGGUCACCGUAAAUAAACUCCAAGAUUUGGUGUUUAAUACAAUUGGGAAUGACUCGCUCGAUCUCCCACAAAUUGUCGUUGUUGGCUCUCAGUCUUCUGGCAAAUCAUCUGUUCUGGAGAACAUCGUCGGGCGAGAUUUUCUACCAAGAGGAAGUGGUAUUGUUACCAGGCGGCCAUUGAUCCUUCAACUCAUCAAUAUCCCAAGCGAAUCAAACGACAGGCCUGGAGAGGUCGAUGCACAUACAGGUUAUCCCACUACUCUUCACAUUGGCCAACAUGAGUGGGCCGAAUUUCAUCAUCUUCCUGGACGAAAAUUCGACGACUUCGCCCUUGUGAAACAAGAAAUUGAGGCCGAAACUGCGAGAAUUGCCGGAAGCAACAAAGGCAUCAAUAGACAACCGAUAAAUCUGAAAAUCUUCUCACCCCAUGUUCUUAAUCUUACUCUCGUGGACCUUCCAGGAUUGACAAAGGUUCCAAUUGGAGAUCAACCGUCUGAUAUCGAGAAACAAACUAGAACUUUGAUCUUGGAAUACAUAGCCAAACCGAACAGCAUCAUCUUAGCUGUGUCUCCAGCAAAUGUUGAUCUUGUGAAUUCUGAAGCCUUAAAACUCGCUCGACAAGUGGACCCGAUGGGUCGCAGAACAAUCGGGGUUUUGACCAAAUUAGAUCUCAUGGAUCAUGGUACCAAUGCCCUUGACAUUCUUUCUGGCAGGGUCUAUCCCUUAAAACUGGGAUUCAUCGGUGUCGUGAAUCGCUCACAACAAGAUAUCCAGUCAGGAAAGACUCUAAUCGAAGCCUUGAAAGCUGAGGCUGAUUUUUUCCGGCAUCACCCAGCGUAUAGAAACAUGGCCAAUCGUUGUGGGACGCAGUUUCUGGCGAAGUCUCUCAAUACCACAUUGAUGGCACACAUCAGAGAUCGCUUGCCUGACAUCAAGGCGCGGCUGAAUACUCUCAUGGGUCAAACGCAGCAAGAACUCGCAAGCUACGGUAACAAGCAAUUUAGUGGAAAGGAACACCGAGGUUCAUUGAUACUCCAGCUUAUGACACGGUUUGCUUCCUCCUUCAUCUCAUCCAUUGAUGGGACCUCAUCUGAGAUAUCGACAAAAGAACUCUGUGGCGGUGCCCGGAUCUAUUAUAUUUUCAAUUCAGUCUUCGGAAAUUCUCUCGAAACUAUUGAUCCCACCUACAACCUGUCUGUGUCUGAUAUCCGAACUGCUAUCCGAAACUCUACCGGACCCCGGCCAAGCUUGUUCGUACCCGAGCUAGCCUUUGAUCUCCUUGUUAAGCCUCAGAUAAAAAUGCUCGAGGCUCCAAGUCAAAGAUGUGUAGAGCUUGUUUACGAAGAGCUGAUCAAGAUCUGUCAUACAUGUGGCUCUCAGGAGCUGCUUCGAUUUCCUCGUCUUCAAGCAAAACUCAUUGAAGUAGUGUCUGACCUUCUCCGUGAACGUCUGGGCCCUUGCUCCAAUUAUGUCGAAUCACUCAUAUCAAUACAACGAGCAUAUAUAAACACAAAUCAUCCGAAUUUCCUCGGAGCCGCCGCGGCCAUGUCAUCCAUUAUUCAGAAUAAGCAGGAACAAGACAGAAAAGCUGCCUUGACAGAAGAGCGAAAGAGGCGCGAGAAACGACGGCUCAAAGAUCCCAGCAGUGCUAAUGGAACUACCUCUAUGGAUGUCGAGGAAGACGAAGAACAUCAACUUGACCACAAAGCACAGAAUCUCCCCAUUCGAAACCAAUCUGGGAAAGGCACCAGGAGCCUGUCACCUCACAUUGGCAAUCUCUCCGAGAACGGCGCUGUACCUGCACUAAACGGAACCCAAUUAAACUCGUCGCCCAUGUUCUCAUCAAGCAACACGGCCAGGGAUUCGUUUCUCAAUUACUUCUUCGGCAAAGAAGGAGGUAUGACGACCACUGCUGCUUUGCCACAGACCAUCUCGGCUUCAGCAAGACAAAUCAACAGCCUAGGCGAGCACAGCCAUGGUCAAGGGACUCGACAUGCUGAGAUGAAGCCUUCAGUGACUUACUCCGAGGAUCGCUCUGUAUUGCCCGACUAUGCGGGCGAGCCAUCCCCAUUUUCUCAUGAGAGUAUCGAGGCAUCACUAACUGAACGUGAAAUUCUUGAGACCGAGUUGAUUCGGCGACUGAUUUCAUCUUAUUUUGAUAUCGUGCGUGAAACUAUUGCUGACCAGGUCCCUAAGGCUAUUAUGCAUCUACUUGUCAAUCAUAGUAAGGAUGUUGUACAGAAUAGGCUCGUCAGCGAGCUUUACAAGGAAGAUCUCUUUGGUGAGCUCCUCUAUGAGGAUGAUGGCAUCAAGGCAGAAAGAGAAAAGUGUGAGAGACUCCUUGAAACCUACAAAGAAGCAGCAAAGAUUGUAGGUGAGGUUUUAUAGUGUAUUAAUAUCAUAUGUAUACCUAAAAACCCCAUAUAUUAGUCUCAAUAUUUAUAUAUUCUUCUUCAUUCUCUCA